AGUAAAGUUCACGGAUGGGGUCUCUUCGCUGACCAACCUUUCAUAAAAGGCGAUGUUGUGGCCGAAUAUCUUGGUGAAUAUAUUUCGUAUGCAGUGGCUGAUAACAGAGAAAAAAUUUAUCAGGAGCAACGCAUACAGGAUUAUCAAUUCCGACUGGAUGAAAAACUUGUCAUUGAUGCAACCUUAAAAGGCGGACCUGCCCGAUACAUCAACCACAAUUGCACACCAAACUGCUUUGCAAAGAUUGUGUCAGGAGAACCUCCCAGUCCUUGUUUGAAACGUGUGAUUAUUAUUGCGCAGCAAGAGAUCAGCAUUAAUGAGGAGAUUUCAUAUGACUACCAAUUCCCACUUGAGCUGGACCUUUCCGAACGCAUUCCCUGUAACUGUCAAUCUGAUGCGUGUCGCGGGUUUAUGAAU